AUGUGUGGUAAUGGGGGAAAAGUCUCUCUUCCCCGAGUAAAUGCUCCUCAAGAAUUGCUUGAAAUCUUCCUAGACCCCUCUACAGAAGGAAGCCAUUUUAGAAAACAUAUUUGUAGAUACAAUCAUGUAUUUUCUUUUACUUCAUGUGGUGUGCACAUAGACAAACAACUAGCUAUAACAGGUCGUGGUAUAUAUACAUUUUGUGCUCAAGGCUCAAUAUAUCACAGUAUAGGGGGAUUUUAUCUGGAUCAGGGCACGCGACCACGUUUUUUGCAACUGUACAUAUAUGAUACUGAGCACAAGUUGCAGAAUAGGAUGCUAGAGAACACGCAACUACAUAAAAUAUUGGUUUUCAAGUUACAACAAUUGCUAUACCGGUAUAAUCCUUUUCUCCAUGUGUUUCGCCAGCUUGCACAAUGGUCAAAUGUACAUGAGUGUAGUUUGGUCAUUAGAAAGAGGCCUGCUAAUCAGCCACAAUAUAGUCUUCCAACUACGUCGCAGGUAGCAGCUAUAAUUGUUGGUGAUGACAUUGAAACAAUGAUUCGUGGGCAAGAUAUUAAGGUGCAAACUCAUACUGGUAGCCUACGAAGGAUUCAGAAAUUCGUUGCCUAUUACGAUCCACUACAGUAUCCUCUUCUUUUUCCAUUUGGAACUCAUGGAUGGGAUAUCAAUACUCGAAGUCAAAGUGGCGGCAAAGUAUCAUGCCGAACAUAUAAUAGCUAUAUGCUCCAGAUCUGUCCCGAUGAUCAUUCCACCACAGAAGAAAUUACGGCUGAAUUAUACCAAGGCUUACAAGAUGCCUUGCACACAGGAGAAAUCAAUGCAAAAAAUGUUGGAAGAAAAAGAACAAUAUUACCAUCGUCGUUCAUUGGUAGCCGUCGUGAUAUGACCCAACAAUAUGAAGAUGGAAUGGCAAUUGUUCUUAAAGAGGGCAAGCCAGAUAUUUUUCUCACAAUGACAUGCAAUCCAUCUUGGACUGAAAUAACUUCAGAACUCAACCCAGUUCAAACUCUACAAGAUCGUCCAGAUCUAACAACAAGAAUUUUUCGAGCCAAAUUUGAACAGCUGAAAGAGGAUGUAAUUACUAAGGGUGUCUUGGGAAAGGUGAAGAGCUAUAUUUAUGUCACUGAGUUUCAAAAAAGAGGGUUGCCACAUGUACAUAUGUUACUAAUCUUAGAAAAUAAUGUCAAGUUAAUUGACCCGGAGCAUUAUGAUAGUUUGAGUAUAAAGUAUCUUUACAAGUAUUGCUACAAAGGUCCAAACCGGGUUGCAAUGGAAGUUCACAACGGUUCUAAUGUUGACGAGGUCCAACAGUUUGUUGAUGCAAGAUGGAUCGCUGUUCCAGAGGCAUUGGAAAUGUUACAAAUUCAUUUGCCAAAUCAACAUCAAGUGAGCUUCUAUGAUCACCAAACCAUUCCUGAAAUACUUAAUGAUGAUUAUUUCUCUAAAACAAUGCUCACUGAGUUCUUUGCCCUAAAUCGUGAGGAGGACCAACAAUCUAGGCAUCUUCUGUACAGGGAAAUUCCAUAG